AUGGAUCAAACGGCCCAGUCGUCCUCCUAUCCUCCUCCUGCUGCCCCGUCACCUCCCCUUGUCAGGGUCGAUUCCGUUGUGUCUUGUCUCAAACCUACCUUUUUCCGACCUUCGUCUUCUUCUGGUUCAUGGUUUGCCUCUGGUUCUGGUUCUUUCUCCGCGUCCCGCACGCACAUCGCCAGGAAUCAACUCUGCGAAUGUGACAUCGCAGCCCUCACGCCGCCGCUCGCGCUGGAUGAGAUUGACGAGCAUGGCGAAAAUAUAACUGCUGUACAUACACCGAAUAUCCUCACGACCGCCCCAACGACCUUGGACUCUCCCCCUCACACUCCCCCUCGUCACACCACCGCGGAACUCAAUAACAAUCAUCAUCUCCCGCCACCACCACCAGCACAUACCCAAUCAUCUAACACAACCACAACCACACGCACCCUCGACCCCCGCAUCUCCAUCAUAACAACCACACACCCAUCCCCCUCCCCCUGUUCCAACCCGCACUACAACACAAACGCAAAUACAGACGCAAACCUGCACCCUAUCGACGCACAUCUUGUCAGCUUGAUCCUCCACCUGCAUGACGGGUGCCAGUAUGAUUGGACUGCGAUCGCGGAGCCGCUGGGGCGCAGGUGGGGCGUGCGGACGAGUAGUGCGGUUGUGCUUGGGGUUUUGCAGGGGUGUGGGCGGGUGAGGAGGGGGGUUUGGUGGGAUUGA